AUGUCACCGUCAGCUUGUCAUGAAGACGCACCGCCGGAUUGUGAAAACGCGGCACGAUUCGGGAAUGCCGCCGUGGCGCAUCGCGGGAAUGACGUCGCGCGGAGCAUCAGCGCGGCCUCCGCCGGAAAUCGCCGCCGCCCGGUGGAGCUGGAAACAUUCGCGGCGGAAGGCGCCGCGGCGGAAAGCGACGACCACACUCCCAGCCCUCGCCGCAGUAGCAGCGAUUCUGUAAGCCAUCGUGCCGCGAACGACUCGGCGCGAAGAGGCGCUCAGUACCAUUCUGAUCGACGCUCUAUCUCCGCCGCCGCAGCCGCCGCAGCCGUCACACCCGCCACACCCGCCACACCCGCCGCAGCCGCUGCAGCCGCUGCCAACGACAAUGGUGUCUUCAACAGGGAUCAUCGCCCGCACUUGUUUGUCAAAUCGGCGACAAUAGCGGGACCCGACUCGGAUGGCAGAAAGUACAGGACUUGGAAGUCCGACUAUGUGCGCAGCGGCAGCGGCAGCCGGCGCCGAACAAGUCCGCGGAGUACGGCGCGCCCAGUGUCGCCCAGCGGCGGCGGUGCGGAUGCAGGGGCGGGCGGCGCGUUCUCCCUGGGGGAAGCCGCCUCGACAGGCCCGAGGGUGAUGCGGCGGGCGAAAACGCUUCCGCUAAGAGGGGAAGACGGGGUUGGCGGACUGUUUUGCGUGGAGGUCCCGUCCCCGCCCGCGUAUCCCAAGCCCGCGCAUCCUUCCCCGCGCACGCAGCGCAGCCUGCAGUGGCUGGCGAACUUCCGCGGCCAGCCGUACUCACCCCCGGCAGUAGCAGCCGCAGCAGCAGCGUCGCGGAAAACUGCUACAGAUGGCGGUGCGGCUGCGAGAGGCGGUGGGGCAGAAGACAGUGGAAGGGAAGCAGAAGCUGAUUCUGUGGGAGUCCGACUAGCCGCUGGGGACGACUGUUGCGGGGCUGAUCAGAGCAGGCGCCAUGUUGGUCGAAGCUGCGAGUUCAAACGCCGCCUGUCGCCCCUGUCCCCUUUCUCCCCUUCCGCCCCAUUUUCACCCUCCGCCCACUUCCCCCCCUCCGCCCACUUCUCUCCCUCCGCCCACUCCUCGCCUUCCGCCAAUUUCUCGCCGUCUGCCCAUUUCUCCCCUUCCGCCCACUUCUCGCCCUCCGCCCACUUCUCGCCCUCCGCCCACUUCUCGCCCUCCGCCCAUUUUUCCCGCUCCGCCCACAUCUCCCCCUCCGCCCACUUCGCGCCCUCCGCCCACUUCGCGCCCUCCGCCCCGUCCUCGCCACUACCCUUCUCUUCGUCGAGCUCCUCACCGUUUUCGAGACCGCCUGCAGCCCCCGCGCUCCAAAACCGGGUCUCCGCAGCCCGCUCGCGCUGCUGCGCACGCGUCUAA